AAAACCAUCAGUCUUCCUCUUACAAAUUGUCCUUCUUUCAUCUCUCUUUGGGGUUUUCUGAAAAUCUUGAAAAGUCUUUGUUUAAAGAUGGCAGUUUGUUUGGUCUCUCGGACAGGACGACAGCACCAGAGAUAUGACAACCUGGGCCGUCGCCAAGUUGUAGGAUGCAUUCCUUACAGAUUCAAAUAUGGCGAAGAUGGAGUCAUCAGUGGUGAAUUGGAAGUUCUUGUUAUUACUUCUCAAAAAGGUCGAGCUCAAGGCCUGAUGUUCCCGAAGGGUGGAUGGGAACUUGAUGAAUCUCUAGAGCAAGCGGCUUUAAGAGAGUCAAUUGAAGAAGCCGGAGUUCUCGGCAAUGUUGAGCGUGAAUUGGGCAAAUGGAAUUUUCUAAGCAAAAGCCAAGGCACACUUUAUGAAGGCUACAUGUUUCCCUUGCUUGUCAAGGAACAGCUUGAACUUUGGCCGGAAAAAGAUGUUAGGCAAAGAAUUUGGAUGAGUGCCGCUGAAGCAAGAGAAGAGUGUCGCCAUUGGUGGAUGAAGGAAGCCUUGGACAUAUUAGUUGCAAGACUCACAUCGACAAUGGAACAGAAUGAGGAAGAAGAAAAUGUAAUGUCUUGUUCGUUGAGCUAGAAGAGAGAUUAGAUCAAUUUGUACAUAGCAAUGAAUUUUGCUCAUAGCCAAUUAUUUAGUCUCACCUUCUGGACUUCGUAAAAAAGGAGAAGAUAAAAAACAAGAAAAAAAAAAAAAAAAAAAUCAACUGGUUUAGGGCAGAUCAAGAAUUCGGAUGGAUCCCAAUUGCAGACACAUUUUGCUAGAAGGAGUUAUAUAGCAAUUGUGUUCUGUCGUAAAUUAAUUCAUGGAUGAAGAGAAGAUUCAGUUGGGGAAGAGAAAAAUAUAUAUAGAAGAAUUGUAUAAAUUAAUCAAUAUAUCUAUCGGUGCAAUCCUUUUUUU